GCAAAUUCUCUCCCAAAUCCAAUAAUGUAAUUUAUAGCUGUCCGUCCCUCACCCUCAUGAGCAAGAGAAAGUAAAUGAUACCUAUAGGCUAUAAAUGCUUCUGUAGGCUGCAGUCAGUCGCUGUUCAGACACGACACUGUUAACGACAGCAGAACCUCCUAAACUCUACUCAUAAACUUUAUCUAAAUCGUACUGUAUCACAAGAAAUAUUCUUCCAGCUCCAAGAAAAUCUGCAGACACUCUGCAAGAGUCUUACAGGCAUCAUGACCCUCCUUUAUAUUUACAUCUUAUGGGUCGCUGCCUGUGUGGACUCCAUCAGUGCAGAUCCUCUCAUUACUCUAUCAGCUCAAGUGGGUUCCACAGUCGUCCUGCCAUGUAACCUGAGAAGAACGUUCACUGAAAGCUUAAGUGUUCAGUGGAGCACCAAUUAUAAGACAGUGUUUAAGCGAGGCUUUUAUAGUAUGAUAGUGGGUUCAGGAUAUGAAGAUCGUGUGGAGAUUCCUGAAGACGAGCUAGAAAAAAAAAAAAACUGUUCCCUGGUGUUGACGAACGUCAGAGUCACUGAUGGCGGUCUCUACGUCAGCACUGUGGUUGAACCCAUAAACAUUCGUCACUUUUACAGAGAGCGAGAAAUCACCAAGGUUGAACUCUCAGUUUAUGCCUUUUGGAACAUAUCAGCUGAAGUGGGUUCCACAGUUGUCCUGCCAUGUGAAUGGAGAAAUCUGACCAACUAUGCACCUCAUGUUGAGUGGUAUAUCGAUUCUGAGAUUGUGUUUGAGCGAAAUGUUAAAGAGUCAUUUCAGGGUGAGGGAUAUAAGGAUCGUGUGGACGUUCCUGAGGACGAGCUGCUUAAAGGAAACUGUUCCCUGGUGUUGAAGAACUUCAGUGCUACUGAUGCUGCUGUCUACAGAAGCUCCCUGGUAGUGAAACACUCAAAGAAACCUGUCUUGGUCCAGACAGUUAAACUCUCAGUCUACGGUGAAGCUGGAAUAAAUUGCCCUCGCCCGCUGAUCCUCAUCAUUUCCCUCCUCAUGUGUUUAGUCUUGUCACUACUGAUGGGUCGUUCAUGAACGAUUUAUUCAUUUUGAACAAAUCUUUUUUGUUGUGACUGAGAGAGUGAUUCAUUUAUCCUUUCAUUCAUUGGAAACCUGAAAACCUCAUAGGCUCUGUACAGGAAACAGAAAUGAUUAGUUCACCUCCUGAGUCCCUACUCUGGUCCAAGUCCUUUGUUCACUUAUCAUAUGAUGUGACAGUCAGAUAUAUUCUGUAUUGGAUGCAUUAGUUCAUAAUUCCCAUCCUUCCUUACAAACAAGCAGGUAGUUAGGUUUUAUUUUUACUCUACAGUUACAUGACACAUUUCUGGUCUCAAAUUUUAGCUUUUUUAUCUCUUAUAUUUUGUGAGUUUCUAUCAUAAUGGUAGGUUUUCCUAACACUGAAUCUGGUAAUAAAGAGUUAGUUAAAGCUUUAAACUUUUCACCCUAUGCGGCUGUCAUGUGACAAAAUUAUGAACAACUCAAACCAGAAGACCCAGUUGAGUUGUGAAUUAAUCAUUUCUGUUUCUCAUAAUUUGUCCUUUCUGCAUUAUCCUUUUUUCCUUAUUCGGAAUAUAAUCAAAGUUUGCGUAAGUAUACAUGUUUGUGGAAUUUGGCUAUUGAAAAUGUAACAUUUUAAUUUAAUUCUACAAAUGAACGAAAUGAGCAAAAUGACUUACAAUAAAGAUUCGUUCAUUUUGCUGAAUGAGAUUCAAAGAUCCAAGUCAGUAAAAUGAUGUGAUCUUCCCAUCACUACUUCUCAUACUCAGGAAACAUCAGCGUGAUCUCUCUCAGAGACUUCUGUGAGCCCAAGAGAUCCAGCUCAUAGAUUUAAUUUAAAAAAAAAAGAAACAAAGAUGGUUUCAGUGUGUUUUGUCUACAUUGUCAACAAGUGUACAACUCUGAGGUACAUGAGAACAUUUCUGAUUGAUGCCCACAUAAAUCUUUAAUGCUGAAAUACCACAAUAUCAGCACAGGAGAAAGUGAGGUCAAAGGGCAAAUCCAAGAGAAGAAUUGAUAAAGCAAGGCAAGGGUCAAGGUACACCAAUCAGACAAACACAUGAAGAAAGGCUUAGAUCUUAUACUCAAGAGCCGAAAUAUCCUUAUACACACUUAAUGUGUAGUUUGCACAUGUACUGUAUAUACUGUGCAAACAGGAAGUGGAAUCAUGAAUCAUGUUCAAUACUCUGGGUGCAGGAGGAGACAUGACCUGAGCUGAUGUUCCAGCUGCUAUUAUUAUUAUUAUUAUUAUUAUUAAAAGUAUAUUACAGAAACAGAACGACUGAGGUGCUAUUACAGCUCAUACAAUGUCAGUCAAAUCCUUAUUAAACCUCAGAACUGCCUGAGAGACACAGUUUGGUGUCUACUACAGUUACAGCUCAGAUCAGUGGUUGGAUUAAAUUUGAUCAUAUCUUUAAUCAUCUGCCAGACAAAUAAAGUGAAAUAUGAAUCAUAUCUGUGCAGUGGAUGAUUUAUUUGUACAUGAGCAUGUGGGUAUGGCAGAUUGCGUGACAGUGUGUUAGACAGAAACCACAAAAAAAAAACCCUGUUGAACUUGACAUCCUGUUCACCCUCCAUGAGAAAGAGAAAGUAAUUCUUCCUGUUGGCUGCUGUCAGUCUUUGUUCAGACACGACACCGUUAACAGUGGUUGACAGCAGAACCUUCUAAACUCUUAUCUCUAUAUCUUAUCCUAACUCUUUAUCUCUUUAACUUUAUCUAAAUCGUACUGUAUCACAAGAAAUAUUCUUCCAUCUCCAAGAAAAUCUGCAGACACUCUGCAAGAGUCUUACAGGCAUCAUGACCCUCCUUUAUAUUUACAUCUUAUGGGUUGCUGCUUGUGUGGACACAAUCUCUACAGAUUCUCACAUUACUGUAUCAGCUGAAGUGGGUUCCACAGUCGUCCUGCCAUGUAACCUGAGUAAUGUGUUCACCGAAACACCACAUAUUCGGUGGCGUACUGAUGAUGGGUUUGUGUUUGAGCGAAGCAGUGAUGGUAGCGAUACAGGUUCAGGAUAUGAAGGACGUGUGGAUGUUCCUGAGGACGAGCUGCGUAAAGGAAACUGUUCUCUGGUGUUGAAGAAUGUCAGUGUUACUGAUCACAGUUUCUACAAAUCCUUUGUGGUAGAACACGUGGACAGAACUGCCACUAACAAAGUGAAAGAAAUCAACAAGGUUAAACUCAAUGUCUUUUGGAACAUAUCAGCUGAAGUGGGUUCCACAGUUGUCCUGCCGUGUGAUUGGAGAAAUCUGCCCAUCCAAACACCUCAUAUUGAGUGGUAUAUUGAUACUGAGAUUGUGUUUGAUCGAAAGGGUAAAGAGUCAUUUCAGGGUGAGGGAUAUGAGGGUCGUGUGGACGUUCCUGAGGAUGAGCUGCUUAAAGGAAACUGUUCUCUGGUGUUGAAGAACGUCAGUGCUACUGAUGCUGCUGUCUACAGAAGCUCCAUGCUAGUGAAACACAAAAGCAGCAAAUUGAUCCAGGAAAUUAAACUCUCAGUCUACGAAAAACCUGAAAAGAGGAAAGAUGAAACAACAGGUGUAGCUGGAAUAAUUUGCCCUCACUUGCUGAUCUUCAUCGUUUCCCUCUUCGUGUAUUUUCUCUUCUCACGUUGAGGAAACAUCAGCGUGAUCUCUCUGAGUACAGAGACUUAUAGAAUAGACUCAUUUAGGAAAUAGAAAAAAGAAAAAAGGAAGCUUUCAGUGUACGUUUUCUACAUUUUCAACAAGCAUACAACCGUGAAGUGCAUGAGAACAUUUCUGUUUGAUGCUCACAUAAAGAUGCAAUGCCAAAACACCAAAAUGUCAGCACGCGAUAAAGACUAUGUAUUACUAAGAGCAUCAUACAAAUCACAGCUCGUCUGCUUUUUCUAUAUUUAUACAUUUGUUGUGCUUUGUAGUGCAGAUGAGAGUAGUGUCUAAAGGUGUUGUUUGAUUUGGUCUCCAAUGAUUCAUAUUUCACUGCCUUUGAGGUGGCAGGUUCUUAACAUUGACCUAAAGACAUUCCUUUAAUUUACUCCUUCAGUGUAAAGUAAUUGGUAAAGUCCAGGAAAUGUGUUCAUUCUUAAGCGUGGAACAGAGCCUGGAUUAUGAAAAGGUAAAAGUGAUCAUACUCUGAGCAUAUGAGUGUUUUAACUUGGGAACCAGGCUGAGGAACAGACCCAGCAUCAUGCAUUUCAGGUUGCUGGAAAACCAAAUCAAUUUAUAUUUACUGUAUUUAUUUGUAUAGCACUUUUAACAAUGGAUAUUGUCACAAAGCAGCUUUACAGAAAUAUAUUCAAAAUAUAUUUUUAUUUUUAUAUUUUUAUUUUAAAAAUUGUUUUUAUUUUUAUAUUAAAAAAUAUAUUUUGUAAUUGCACCAGAUAGUGCAGUUAUAAAUCAUUUCUGUUCUAUAACUGUACAAUAUAAUGUCAAGCAUUGCUAAGUGUGUAAAAGGGAACUUGAGUAUGAGCAUCGUUAGAGUUUUAAGUUUACUGUCUAACUGUUCAGUGAUGGACACUUGAGUGUAAACUGUUCUUAGCAAUUGAUGAAAGAACAUCCACAGCCAUCUUAAUGGUGUCUGUAUGGUAACAUUCACAGUAAUCUCAUGGCGUACUGUAGGCUGUCCAUGUGGAGCCAUCCUCAGCGGCAGCGAAUGAUUUUCAGAUGAAGGAGACGCUAAGCAGAAAUGGGGCAUCAGGAUGGAUCAGGCAGGUCCAGAGGGCAGAAGGAGUUAGGAUCACUGGUAUCUGAGGAGUAACAUGUGUAGUGAGAGACAGGGCGUGAGAGAAAGAGAGAACGCAAGAGAAGAUGGAUGGGGAAGAGAAAUAUAACACAAAUUAUUAGGUAUGUUCUUGUACUGUAAUGGUUAAGAAAAUGUACAUUGUGAAACAUAAGGUGGCCCGCCACUUCACCAUCAACAAACCUGAGUGUACGCCAAAACCAAAACACUCUAUGCUCAUGAACUCUUCAGAUCUGCACCUUUACCUAAGAGACAAGCUUAUUAACAAAGGCUUGACUAAACAAAUAUGUUUUCAGCUGUGAUAUGCAAGACCACGAGGAGGCUGAACACAAGCACCCAGAGGCAGGGAUGUGGGGGAACGUGCUCUUUACUGUUGAAUUUGGUGAAGGUGAUAGGUGAAAGUGGAAAUGAGGGAGUGGGGAUUGGAGGCUGGAGUGUGGCGUCAUCCCGGGGUUGUUCUGGGAGGUGGCCUUCUGAAGUGGAACUGUGACUAGGAUGUACACAUGAUGCGGAGUGGCAGGGUCUGGCUCGGUCAGCAUGGACACAUCCUGUGGCGUCCUGUAGGCGGAGCGGCCAUGGUUGGGUCUCCCCUCCCCUUGGGUGUGCAGAUCCUGAUGCCUGAUCGAGGAAGGUCGAGGGAACUCAAGUCGGUCGUCCCUGCCGAUUUCCAGCAUGGCCACCGCUUACUCCAGAGUCUCCAGCAUCUCUCCAGCAUGCCCACCGCCUUCCUCUCUUCGCAUGGCAGAGCCCUGAGGAAAUGGUCCGUGACCACCCAUUCGACGACCUCAGAGGCCAACAGAUGCUCCAGCUGGAGCCACUGCUUGGCGAUACGUAGCAGUCGAUCCAUCUGGCUGUGAGGGGUGGACUUUGGGUCAUAGCUCCAUCGGAGGAGCUCUGCCACCCCGUCUUCCUGAUGUAAGGGCUAUUCUUUUUGACAACUCAUUUCCUUAUCCUGUGAUUUUUUCUCCCAUUCCAUAAACUGCUUCAUGCCAGUCUAUUUGCUGAUGCCUGUAAUAACUCACGAGCAUCUUUGCAAAUGGACCCUAAUGAAUUAUUUACUCAUUUCAAUUCUAUAUGCUUUAGGAUUUAAACUCUGUAGCACCUAUACUAUAUGGCCAUAACUUUGUGUACCCCUGACCAUCAUACCCAUAUGUGUUUGUUGAACAUCCCAUUCCAGAUUUAUUUCCCCUUUACUGUUACAAUAAGCUCCACUCUUCUGGGAAGGCUUCUCACUAGAUGUUGGAGCGUGGCUGUGGGGAUUUGUGUUCAUUCAGCUACAAGAGCAUUAGUGAGGUCAGGUGCUGAUGUUGGGACGUCGAGGAGGUCUGGGGUGCAGUCAGUGUUCCAGUUCAUCCCAAAGGUGUUCAGUGGGGUUGAGGUCAGGGCUCUGUGCAGGACACUCGAGUUCUUCCACUCCAACCUUCACACACCAUGUCUUCAUGGAGCUCGCUUUGUGCACAGGGGCAUUGUCAUGCUGGAACAGGUUUGGGCCUCUUAGUUCCAGUGAAGGGAAAUUUAAUGCUACAGCAUACAAAAACGUUCUAGACAAUUGUGUGCUUCCAAAUUUGUGGCAGCAGUUUUGGAAGAAGCACAUAUGAGCAGGAUGGUCAGUUGUCCACAUAUGUUUGGCCUAAAGUGCAUUAAAUAUAAGAAGCCCAAGAAUGCCUACAAGUCAACCCUGGCUUAAUGCGACUUCUGAUGGUCUUAGGCAGUUGUGCAGCCACUGGGAGCGCAGGUGGAAAAAAGCCUGACGGUUACAUUUCAUGCCAUGCUCCCUACAUGAUCUGUCUGAUAUUAUCUCUCAUAAGAAGCCCAGCACCUGUCCCCUUGAUGUUGUUCUGCUUGCCUUCACAAAUAGCUAUGGGAUACUUUCAGUUCAAGCAUAACAAACAUCAGUAACACCUGGGAAAGCACCCACUUGCUUUAAACACUUGCUUUCUAAAUUGCCAUAUCUUUAUACCUGAGGGCUGUGGAGAUGGCUUGGGGAUCACAUAUGGGGAGCUGUACUGUAAUGGCUUGGGACUGCGAUUGCUGUAGUGGCUUUGGGGCUGUAGUUGCCACGAGCAGCUUCAUACUCAGGACUCCAUCAGUGGACAGUGGAUAGAUUUUAACCAGCCGGACUUCUUGCGAAAACUGUGAAUUUGUUGGUUGCACAAUUGCACUAUUUGUCCUUAUAGUACACAAUAAUAGAAGGGAUUUAUUUAUAAUCACAUAAAACCAUUUAUUUCUGUAAAGCUGCUUUGUGACAAUGUCCAUUGUUAAAAGCGCUAUACAAGUAAAAUUGAAUUGAAUUGAAUUGAAUUUAUCUUUAGAAAAAGUUGUUUUCAGUCAACUCACUGCCUAUCUCAAAAAACAAACAUCCAGAAAAAUUCCAAUUAGGUUUUAUGGCUCUUCAUAGUGAAAUAGUGAAUCUGAGAGUGACAAAAGAUUUUUAAAAAUCUAAAGAUUACUUUAGGUCCAUCUGCCCCUACAUUUAAAUCCAGGAUAAAGACACAUCUCUUCCCCUGUCCUGUCACAUUAAUACCCUGGUGAAGAAGGCCCAUCAGCAUCUUUAAGACCUUAGAAGCUUAAGGGACUUAAACUGCCCUCUAAGGUGCUAAGGAACUUUUACACCUGCACCAAUAGAGAAUCCUGAUGGGACAGAUCACAACCUGGUUUAGGAACAGCACCAAGCAGGAUAGAAAGGCUCUUCAAAGGGUGGUGCAAUCAGCUAAGAGCACCAUCCGCACUGAGCUCUCUGACCUUCAGUCUAUCAACAGAAAGCGGUGCUGAACCAAAACCAGGAAGAUAGUGAAGGACUUCAGCCAUCCGAACAAUGGAAUCUUCUCUCUGUUGCAGUCAGGGAAGCAUGUUCGCUCCCUGAAGGCCAACACAGAGAGAAUGAGGAGAAGCUUCUUCCCACAGGCCAUUCGGGCCCUCAACCAGGAUAACACAUAGGGACUAGAGCUUGGACUUUGUGACACUUUCCUGGGUUGAGCCAGAAAUGAGGAGAUGGGAGGCAGGCUUGGGACAGCUCAAAUGGCUCUUUAUGUUCCUCUUCACUUUUCAGUGAUUUUAUUUUGCUACACAGGCGCGCACACACACACACACACACACACACACACACACACACACACACACACACACACACACACACACACACACUCGGCUCUGUGCUGCUCAGCUCUUUCUCUCUCUCCUAACUCUCAUCUCUCCCAACUUUAUUCUUGCUGCCGCUCACUGAAACACAGAACACAUGUUAGAGCAAUCCCGCACAGGUGUAGAUCCUUACUACUCACUUUUCCCGGCUCCACCCUUCAUUCACAAACCAGCACUUGACCACACCCCCUCCUCCACAGACUCAUUUUCACAACACCCUCUACCUCAGCCUCAUGUUGCGCAGCAUAUAUUGCACAAACAACUGCAUAUAUCUGCACUUUAUUCAAAAUACAGUCGUACCAAUCUUUGUAUCCCCUAUAUUAUAUUCUUAUAUUUAAUAUAUACAUUUUUAAGAUUUUUAAAAAUAUUUUUUUAUAUUUUUACUUUCCUACCUGUAUAGAAGUAAAUUCUGGUUUAUGUAAAUUCUACUUUUGUCACGGACAGUCAAAAAAAGCAUUUCACUGCACAUCGUACUGUGCAUGGUUGUGUAUGUGACCAAUAAAAUUUGAAUUUGAUUUGAAUUUAAAAACUGAAAUGCCAUGGCGGAGGCCUAACUGUUUCUUUGUAAUAAACAUAACCUGGUAGACAUUGGUGAAGUAGAGGGACAGACAUAGCUCCUCUAUGUACUCCUCAGCCUGACUCUCCUCUCUACACAGUGAGUAAAUGUGAUUUCAAAUGUGCAAAUGUGAAUAUAAAAGUGGGGUAGUAUCUUCUAGUACCUACUACCUUCUAGUACCUCUUCUAGCAACAUCCUCCACUAGUAAGGGUUUCUGUGUGUAACUGAAGCUCUGAAGGAAGUUUGUAGUGGAACCAGACUCUAAGAGAGCUGGAAUGGAUAGAGUCAGGUCACAGUGUUUAAUGCGUACCGACACAAGGAUUUGUUGUGCUCAUAUAGAAGAGGAGGGGAAGCUUACCCUAAGCUGACUGUGAUUGUCUUUGGAAGGUGAAGAAUGACAAGAGCGUUUCUCCAGGCCAUGGCCAGACUCUACACAAUAACCACACAAUCCCAGUCUCCUUCUCCUCCUUCUUUUAUCUAGCAGGUUAAAUGAGGUGCCAAGCUGAAUAGGUGCCUCCUCAGAUUUGAAAAUGAGUGUUCUCUUCUGGUCUUUUUUUUUCUCCUAAAAAAAACUUUUAAAUCAUUCAUUCCUCAAUCUAAAAGAAAUAAUUCAUGGCUCUGAAUGUAUUUCAAUGACUUUC